UGCGCAACACGGACUUCACAGUAGCAUUGGUAUGGCAGCUCGUUCAAGUAGCAGUAGUUCGGACGAUGUUUUGUCAGAGGGAAGUGAUUCGAAUGCCUUAAACUUAUAUGACAACGAUGGGGAUAACUCAGAACCUUUAGGAGAGUCUGGGCCAUGUUCUUAUCAACAUGAGCCGCGUAGAGUUCACCGAAACGAUCCGCACGAAGACAGCACAGAACCGGUUGACAGCGAUGCCGAUCGUCUCGGAAACACAGACUGGUGCGAGUGUGGAACUUGUCAGCCAAUGCCGACAACACAUGAAAGUGUUUGUUGCGCGGAAAUCGGACAAGUGUGGCAAAAGGUGGAGGAACAAAGGCCUGAAACCCAAAUGACUUGUAUUACUGAGUAUUCAGGUUUUCAGUCAACUUGCCACGAUGUCUGGAUGCUGGAGACGGCCUAUUACGCGUACAGGCAGCAAUACGGUACAGAUAAUCACACCCAAAAUGAGAAAUUUCGCUAUAUCGCCUACAGACAGCUGGCUCGCUGGGGUUAUCUCGGCAAGAAAGUCAGGGUCGCUCUGCCAUCUAGUGCGGUAAAUAAAAUCAGAAGCACUUUUCCAGCUGAUUUUGGAACCUCUUACACUGGAUUAAAACCGCCAAACCUUUGA